CCCGCCGUCACCAACAUCCCUCAACUCAACACUCAGCCUCAACUCUGAGGUUUUCCCUCAAAUAUCUCACCUCACCCUCAAGUCACCGUCACCAAAAAAAAUUGAGGGAUUUUCCUGAGGAAAUCCUCAAAUAUUUAAGGAUAGCUUCAUAGCAACCUUAAAAAUUUCCUCAAGCAAAUUUAACAUGGCUGGCAGACGUCGUAGACGACGUAGGUUUCGGAGAUAUCGCAAUCGACCGUCAAAAAGGGUGAUACGAGAUCGACUGAACCCCUUAGAAGCCUACACAGACGAUGAACUUUUUGACCGCUAUCGAUUUAGACAGGCUUCAGUCGUGUAUUUACUGGACUUGAUAGGUGGGACUUUGAUAGAUAGUACAAAAAACAAUGCCUUACCUCCGCUCUUACAGCUCUUCGUGUGUCUGAGGUUCUUUGCGACAGGAGCCUAUCAUAAACUGAUAGGUGAUAGCAUGAAUGUGUCUGAGUCAACUGUCGGUAGAUGCUGUAGAUCAGUCACUAAUGCCAUCCUUACUGUAAGACAACAAUUCAUUGUUUUCCCUAGAGACGAACAAGCACGGAAAACGAAGCAAGAGUUCAUCAAAAUUGCCGGAUUCCCGAACACACUGGGAUGCGUUGAUGGAACAUUCAUUAGAAUUAUGGCUCCAACUGAAAAUGAACCGGAUUUUGUGAAUAGAAAGGGAUUCCAUUCUUUGAAUGUACAGAUGGUUUGUGAUGCCAACUUCCAAUUCACGAGUGUGUGUGCCAGCUGGCCCGGUAGUGUCCAUGAUAGCAGGAUUUGGCGGGAAUCCUUCCUUUGUCGACAAUUCGAAAGAGGUGAACACAAUGGCAUUUUGUUGGGCGAUUCUGGAUACCCCUGUCGACGUUAUCUAAUGACACCAUACCUCAACCCGCAGACAAACGCUCAUCAACGAUUUAAUGCAUAUCUGUGUCGAACCAGAGUUCUUAUUGAGCAAAGUUUUGGAAUUCUGAAACGGAGGUUUUCCUGUCUUCAAGGAACUCUGAGAACGGCCCCUGAACAGGCAGUAGCAUACGUUGUCGCUUGCGUCAUCCUUCAUAAUCUUGGGAUUCGAACUGGUGAUGUGAUGGAUAGAUUGGACCAGCAAGAGGAUGCAUUUGACCCGACGGCCCACCAAGUUGUGUGCAAUUCUCCAGAGGGAAGUCACUUGCGAGACUAUAUCGCACAGACGUAUUUCGGGUAGAGCUACAUGUCAUUUUCAAGUGGUUGACGGUUUAUAGUGACAUAUGUUUCAGAAUUUCAUUUGAUAUACUGAAGUACAU